AUGAGAUGAGAUGAGAUGUGAUGAGAGUCAAUCUGAUUGCUGAAGUCUCGUUCGUUAGCCUCAUACACAACCUCCCAUAACUGCUUCCACCGGCGGAACACUAAAUUUCAUGGUCUAAAACCGCCGUCUACCAUGGCGAUUGCCGACGACGACCACCACCACCACAAGGCUCGCUCCGACGGAACGCUCUGGUGGCUCUGCCAGUUCUGGAAAUCAGGAAUAGCUUCUUCUUCGUCCUCUUCUUCAAUUCAGAACUCUAUCCACCAAAAUGGAGGAGUCGCAUCGAAUCCUCGCUCUUCGUCUUCGAAUACAGUUUUUUCGGCCGCGAGGUCGCUCCUUCCGACCAGGCGUCGUCUCCGUCUCGAUCCGGCCAAAAAUCUCUACUUUCCCUGUAGUGACUUUUCUUUUCAAUUGGGAACAUUACCCUAUGUUUGGGAACCAUGGAGCAAAGUUGUCAAUCCCAUACCGGAUAAGGUCGUGUACGAUAGGAUACCGUGGAAUUCCAGUUUUCUGCUGGUUUUUUCGGGUAUGAACGAAACUCACCAGAACAAAGCGAGAUUUGCACCGAAACAAAAAUGGACUCUGCGUGCCCUAUUUUUCUUUUGGUACGAUGAACUGGGUAAGCAGGUCAGAAGUGCUGUUAGGAUUAAGAACACUAGCAGGUCUCAUGUUGCUUUCAAGUUUCAAACUACUGCGCCAAAGAGCUGUUACAUGCGACCACCUGGAGGUAUCCUUGCUCCUGGUGAAAGCCUUAUUGCAACCGUGUUCAAGUUCAUGGAACAUCCAGAAAAAAAUGAGAAGCAAAUAGAUCAGACGAGCAAGGUCAAGUUUAAAAUCAUGAGUUUGAAAGUGAAAAAAGGGAUGGAUUAUGUAUCUGAAUUGUUCGAUGAGAGAAAGGAUCAAGUAACUGUUGAGCAAGUUCUGCAUGCUGUGUUUUUGGAUGUGGAACAGUCUAGUCCUGCAUUGGAAAAACUGAAGCGUCAGUUAGCUGAAGCUGAGGCUGCGCAGGAAGAACACAAGAAACCUCUAGCAGACACUGGUCCACGAGUUGUCGGUGAAGGUCUUGUUAUAGAUGAAUGGAAAGAGCGAAGGGAGAAAUACCUUGCUCGGCAACAGGUUGAAGCUGUAGAUUCGGUGUAAACUGCAGUUUGCUUUUCUUGUAAGUCCUCCUUUCGUCCAGAGAAGUGUUUCAACCCCUUGCAUGUGGGUUCCUUGUGAAAGGUGGAGGGGACGUGUUCAUCCAAUGCUUAAUGUAGAGAACAAUAAUGUGAUUUAAUGUUAUCAUUGCUCAUGAGAUAAAUGUAUGUUGACAAGGUUUCGUGUUUGGGCUAUGCCUUCAUGCUUUGUAUAUAAUGGAUUUUUUUCCUAUGAUAAGAAUGUGUUGUCCCUUUUUGGUGAAUAAAUUUUUCUCUAAUACAUCUGCUUGCCACA